AGAUUGUCCAGUCUGAGAGUUCGCAAUAACAAAUAUGGCAUCUUUCCUGACUUCUGCGGUCGAGAAGCUCAAUCCAUUCGCCAAGCGUGAGCGAGACGAUGACGACCAUGGAGAAGCAGUUGAAGUUGACUCUGUCGCUGGCGGCGGUCAUGCAUCUAGAGUCUCCAAGAUCACGAAAGAGCAAUUGCGGGUCAGCCACGCUCUCAAGAUGUUCCUCAUCAAUGAAAAGAUCCUCACUCCGCAGGACGUGAAUUUGAAUGUUCACGGGGCCGAGAAUUCGGGAGCUCUCAAGGAAAUGCUGGACAACCCACAUAUUCAUGUGCCAAGAGAGGUCACAGACCGCAGUCACCCUCUUACGGAAUACUUCAUCAGUUCCAGCCACAAUACCUACCUGCUAGCCCAUCAGCUCUAUGGUUCAUCUUCUGCUGUGGCGUACGAGACAGCACUGGUAGCCGGCUCGAGAUGUGUGGAGAUCGAUGCUUGGGACAACAGCGACGACGAAGAUGAGCCUAAGGUAACUCAUGGCUGGACUCUAGCUUCUCGAGUACCCUUCCGUGCUGUUUGCGAGACCAUCAGAGACGUGGUUGACAAGGAAGCGAAGAUGCCACAGGAAACAUCUUACGCUUCAGCUCCGAUCCUGAUAUCGCUUGAGAACCAUUGCGGUGACCAUGGCCAAAAGCGGCUUGUGGACAUCAUGCGCGAAGUAUGGGGCGAUCGUCUACUUAGCAGCGAAGUGCGGGCUGAAGGCACCAGAGAGCAAAACAACUCCGGUGAGCAUGUUGAUCUUAUCGAACUGGGCUCGAAGAUUGCGGUCAUCGUCGAAUACCAUCUUCCAGACGAAGCAGAAUCCGAUGACAGUGAUGACGAGGACGAAGACGAGCAAGCCAGAAUCGACCACGAGAAGUGGCGCAAAGAGAAACGAGAGUGCGCCCAAGGCAUCAUCAUUCCGGAGCUGGCAGAACUUGGCGUGUAUGCACAGUCUGUGAAGCCUGCGAACAAUUCGUGGUUUGAGAGCGUGCUUCAAGACGGACCUUCUCACCACCUGAUCAACGUCUCAGAAUCUGGCCUGAUGAAGCUGGAUUUACAUCUGAACGGGCCUAAGAUCAGUCAGCACAACGCACAACAUCUUAUGCGAGUCUAUCCCAAAGGUACUCGCAUUUCAUCCAAGAAUUUGAACCCUGUGCCAUUCUGGGGAGUUGGUGCGCAAAUAUGCGCUUUGAACUGGCAGACAUUCGACGCCAGCAUGCAAUUAAACGAGGCGCUGUUCAGCGGCUCCGAUGGCUAUGUCCUCAAGCCUGCUGCUCUGCGAUCAGGUGGAUCUGGAAAGCUCAGCACCGGCAGGAAGAAGCAUCUUCGUUUGCACGUUGCUGGUGCCACAGAUGUGCCUGUCCCAAAGGAUCGCGAUGCAGAUGAUCCUAUCAAGCCGUACGUGACUUGCACACUCGAGCAUCCAGACUCAGUCGACAAACCACCAACGAAGCGGAAGACGUCAGCGUAUAAGCAGCACACACUCGGCAUUCUGCAUCGUGGGGAGCAACCACCUCCGACCGACCCGUUGUGGAACGAGCAGCUGGACUGGGACUACGAGGAAAACGAACUCGUGUUCUUGCGAAUCCUUAUCAAGUCAGACGACAAAUUCGCAGUCAACCCUAAGCAGUGCGUUGCAGCGGUCAGGCUAAGCUACGUCAGCAACAAUCAAUGGGUGUUUAUAAGAAUGCUGGAUCUCAAGGGAAGGGAAACCAAAUGUGCUUUGCUGGUGAAAUUUGAGAUCACGGACGCCUAGAGAGCUCCCGGCAGACGGCACAACGUGCCCCAGAAACUCAGUCCAGAGGCUGCUACAGGACUCUUCGCAGAGGUAACGACUGGUUGCUUGCAUCUGAAGAUGUAAACCAAGCGAUAGAAGACUUGACGACGAGACUUUCAUAUCAGUGGAACAUAUCGUCUGCGGCGCUGAUCAACAUUGUCAGCAGCUCGUAUUCGUGUCUCAC